UUUGACAAAAAAUUUAAUAGGUAUUUAAAUUGAAUAAAAAUUAAACAAGUGUUGCAUUAUCAAUGAUAACGAAGUAAAAUCGUACAAAAAUAUAAUGUGUUCAAUGUGUUUUUGCCCGACUUGUCCAGCUAUAUUACCUUGUGGGACGGGUCCGUGCACGUUUUCUUGUCCACCACCAGCGCCAUGUUGCCAGCCUUGCUGUCCUCCUCCCGUACCAUGCACCCCGUGCCCACCCUGUAUUUGUAAACCGAACUUUAGACCACCACCGGCUCCAGUUAUACCGGAUUGUGUACCACCUAUAGUUCCCAUAUUUCCUUGUUGCAAGCCUCGCCGAGCGCCACCUAGCGACCCACCUCCCUAUCCUCCACCGAAGCCUGUCUGUUGCCCACCAGUUUUACCUUGUUGCCCACCUCCAGAACCUUGUGAUCCUCCACCAGUCUGUCCUUGCGUCGAACCGAUAAAUUGCUAUCAACCAGUAUUGCCUUGCUGUAAUCCCCAAUGUCCACCGCCGAUUCUUCCCAAACAGCGCCCUAUAUGUCCGAGAGCUCCACCAGCACCGUACCCUUGCUUACCUGUGUGUCGAAGUUGCUGCCCUGACUGCGAACUAGACCCAGUUACCCGACGCAGACCUCUCAUUGUCCAUGACAGCGUUUUCGCUAAUAGACCGUCAGCUUUUCCCAAAGAAUGCUUCAAUAGACGCAAUCAAAAUGUCCGCUAUUCAGUAUGCAAUUACUUUAAACAGAGCCCAACACCAAAUCCAUGUUAUCAUGUUCCUGUUCCAUUGAGGUAACACAAGGUCACUGCAAGCUGUAAUUGGGAGGUUUUUUUUACUGAUGUCUGUAAAAAAACAAAAGUUGUUACUAAUUUCGGUAAUUUUGAA